AUGGCGCGCGCCGACGCUACGUCGCUGCACUCGCGGUGGCUGCUCGCCGCGGUGCUGGUCGGUUCGCUGGCCACCGUGUCCGCCGCGGCCCGGGCCGUGGACGGGCCGAAGUCGGACCGCAGAGCGUCCACGGCCGGACCGCAGUCGUCUUACCCGGUCGACCGGGGUUUCGUCGACCAGGAGCUGUCCAGACGGCUGGAGGCCUUGACCGACCAGGAGCUGACCGUCCUGGAGACGGCCAUGCCCCAGCCGCCCGCCACCAACGGCCAGCCGCCGGACGACGGAGAAGACAUGAUGAUGGCCGACAUGCCGCCGUCGACGGACGACGCGCAAGUCACCGUGCAGCCGGACGAUCAGGCGGUGAUCAGAGAAAGGUACCGUCCGAUAAUAUUAAUUUUGAUACGGUUCGACAUCCGUAACGCGGUUAUAAUCAAUUAUUUUUGUGUAACGCGACGGCCGUCAUUCGGAGGGGAGGGCAGGGACGGACCCGGGCCCCGGUUCCGCUUUAAGCGCCGUUUCGACGCACGAGUCUGUCGGUGUCCGAAAUCGCGCGCGCACGAAAAAUUCGAAAUACCCGAAAAUCCGAAUAACCGCGAAAAUCACACACUUUUAGCCGGACCGCUGUCGACGGUCGAAAAACGCGUAGAGUCAAACGAAAAAUUAAUAAACCCAAAUUCGACGGGCGUUUUGUUCAUAAACGUCGGCCUACGAACCAGAGUAAAACGUCUCCAGUUGUUUUGCGAUUUCUGAUUUGAAAAGCGAUUCGACUCCGUACCCCCCCUUUUUUUUUCUAUGUUCCGUAUCGAAAAUAUUUUCACACUUUUAUGCUUUUAAAACUUUCGAUUGCGAGUUUAUGCCGAGAAAAACGGAUGUAAACACGAGUCGUGACGUACUUUAAUUAAAUACAAACGAAUAACAUGAAAUCGUGAUUUCGAAAUCGAAAAUACGGCGAACGGUAAUGUAUGGAUGUCACUUCAGUUUAAUGGUCUAAAAACGGUUUUCCUCAUAAAGCAAUGGAUCUGCAUAAAAGUCUUUACAUUUAGGCGGAUGAAGGGUUACAGAUUAUUUUCAAAUUGGAAUCGAAGAAAAUUCAGAAAACCGAUUCCCGAUUCUUUAAUUUAAUCGUUUUGAAAAGCCGCAUUUCCCUGCCCGUUAUUCCCGAUUCAUCGAUCAUUGACGUGAUUGAAAAAUCGGUCUCUGCGUACGGAUGUAAUACGUUUCUCAUAUUUUCCAGAAAAAAUGGAAUUUUUUGUAUAAUUAUUAUAGAAAAUGAUAAUAAUAUUAACAAUUUGACAAAGUGUUGAGACGAAAAUGUUGACGUUUCGACUUUAUAUUUUAAUCGAAUUCGUGAUUUUUAUUGUUUUUUUUAAUGUUUAGAGAAAACCGGGUGCCUAUAAUUAUGCAGCAGACUGUAACCGCAUUCGCUAAUCGAUUAUUAUUAUUAUUAUGGCUAAUUGACUUUUCAAUUUUUUUCUCAAAACUUUAAAAAAUUAUUAAAACUCUCCCGAUCGACAUUGAAACAUGUCCACGGGUUGGCCCCUGGGGCCGACAGAUCUUAAAUACGACCUCGGUCCUGCAGUCACGCCACUGCAGUGCACAUCGCCAAUAUCGAAAUGACGUGGGGUGAGGGACUUUGAUUUUUUUUUUUUUGUGGGGGGGGGAGUAAAAGUACAUUGCACUUUGGGACGAGGGAACGAAUCGCCCUCCCCCUUCCUCGUAGAAAUGCAUAUCAUACUUGUGUUUCAGCCAAGUUACGGAAAAAGCUCGAAUAGAAAUCGGCUUUUAAACUACCGAUUACCGUAGUCGAGUCUCGGGGUCCGGGAAGAGGAUUUUACGAUUGAUUCGCGGUUCUUAUUUCACCACAUUCCCACCCGUCGGCAAUUCCCGAGCGCGCCACCGGGUCUACAGAGCGAAACGCAAAGCUCGCGCAUCGUUUUUUUUUUUUUUUUUUACAACACUUCGAUAUUAACGGCCAAAAUAUGCGCGAGUGGACGAAUAUUAUAAUGUUCUAUGAAUAGAACACGGCGGCGCGGCGACUCUUCUCGAUCUUAUUAUUAGGCGAUCCGUUUUUUUUUUUUUUCUUCUGUUUUUACUGGCGAUCUACCAACGGUCGGGCAGCUCAACCCGACCGCUGCCCCAUAUUUCCCCCGUCUUAGGAUUUUUUUUUUUCUUUCUAUUUUUCCCCGGCGGAUCCGUCGUCACUCGCCGCGUAUUUAUAAUGUUAUAAUGCAUUGUACUGACGGCGGCGGCGGUUAUAUUUAAAUAAUAAAUCGUAGUCGCCCGAGACGUCGGCGUCGAAAGACGUGUACGCAUAUAAUAAUAAUGACUGGUGUAAUAAUUUAUCCGACUUUGUGUCGUUCGGGCCGAUUUUACAGACAGCAGCCACCGCCGUGUCGCAAACACGUGCGCCGGCGGUGGUCGUCGGGACACUAAAUAUAGAGCGAAACGUCCUCUCUCGGGGGGGCCCGGCCGCCGGACGAAGACGACCGCCGCGUGACCGAACCGAGAAAAAGAAAAAAACCGUCGGGAACCCGGGAACGGCGGACCGUCGUUCGGUUUAUGCGCGGCCGACGGAAGACGAUUCUGAGCCGAGUUCGGUUAAACGUGUUAUUAUAUGCGUUUCGAAACUGUAUCCAAAGUUGAAACUAUAAACAAAAUAGCUACUGCUUUUGCGUUUUCUCGAACAUUCGGUCACUUUUAACGGUUUCCACUUGGACCAAUUGAGCUCAAACUCGGGAAUUGAAUUUUUUUUUUUUUUUUGUUCCAAACGGAUUAAAGUGAUAACAUUUCGGUUAGAUUUCAAUGCACGAACUUCGCCAUCCGUUGCGGGACAAGAGUGUUUUUUAGUUUUUUUUCGCACGUCUGCAAACACCCUUGAAUGAGGCAGGGGGGGAGGGUGAAAGGGAGCAGUGGCGGCGCUCGGUUUCGCGGGGCCCAGGACAGUGUUUUAGUGGUUACAGCGGUGACUUUAGUAUAACCAAUGAUUGUAUACCUAUUUAAUAAUAAACCGCGGGGCCCUGGACAUAUGCCCUAUUUGUCCUCCCAUAAUGCCGGCACUGGAAAUUAGUUUACGCACCGUGUAAGUAUUAAGCUUUUUGGUGAUUUCAACUUUCAACCCCUUUUCAAUCCAUUUUUACGAUCGGAUUACCGCCCAGUAAAACACGUCUUACGGUGAACACUAUUCAAUGUACAAGCAUUUUUCUGUUCGGUCAAACUGCAUAAAACCAAAUGAAAACUCGACGACUUCACAUUCCGAAAAGUUUAUACCGCGUCUAAAAAAGAGCUACCGUACGGCAUAUCACCUCGGCUGUCUCUACUAGUAUUUAUACGAAAUCAUAACAAACACAUUCGAACAUAAAGAAAUCGCGUUAGCGACGCGCAAUUUCCCGUUUUUUUCCGAAAGCUAAUUUUAAUAAACACUUCGUAAUCACAACGAGUAAAAGUGAAAAAGUUAAAAAGAUUAAAGGUAAAAAAUUGUUUACAGACAGAAAAAAAACACGCAUCGUGCAGUUACACCAAUACAAUGCUCGAAUCUAAAACGUCAAAAAGGGAAAUGUCCGUGAUUUAUAAUUCUAGUGUAUAGGUAUUUAAAUUACCCAAUCUAAUCUAACCUAACCUAAUCUAACGUCGUACGGACGACUGACGAGAAUAAAUAUUCGCAGUGUAUCGCCAAUAUUAUUGCGGUGCAACAGAUAUCCGUACCCAUCCCAGGCACAUAAAUAUAAUAUCAAUAACGUUCACCCGUCUUUUCGAAAUACGCGACCGGAAAUUCGACCUCUUGACAUGAAACGCGGCCACAGCGUCAUUUCGACAACCGGAAAAAUAUAUAUAAAAUCGAAAAUAAUUUCCGCGUAAAAAAUUACACCGCGAUUUCGUUAUGAAUUCCGACGCUGCGAUCGAAACGUCCUCGGCGAAAUUCCAAAAACUUUCCCGCGAAUAUCGUACACAAGUACAGAUGCACAAUCGAUCAAUCGUCAAUUCCGUCGAGUGUAUCUGUACAUUAAAAAACAAACGAAAACGUCCUAACAACCGCACAGGGGGUAAAAUGUCCGGAUAAUCAUCGCGGCGGUUCGUUUUUUCAAAAAUGAAUCGUUACGAUACACAAUUGUCCCGUUUCGAAUCGUUACGGCCUGACCGCAGUCGUCUGGUGUCCGCACUGUGCGUGCGCAUAAUAUUGUCAUCACAGCCGCGUCGCCGCAACACUUUACGUUAGUUACGACGUCUGGUCGUUCCCGGGGAAGUAACAGUGUAGCGUACGAUCCGCCGCGGUUACUACAAACGAACAGAGGGAAAACAAUAAAAAAUUACAACAAAAUACAAUUGCAAAACGUUACGUUGCCCCGCGAUACUAACCCGGUUGACCCGGAAUACAGCGACGCGUAUGUUCCGGUGCACUCACGUAAGGACGUCGUAAUGUUGUUUUUCACACUUGUUUUUUUAUCGUUCGACCCGAUCGCGUACCCGACGGACGCUGUCCGUGUCCGGCCCCUAGCCGAUACGUACACGACGUGGUUUCAGGGGAUUUUACAAAACGCAAUUUACAUAUUGUAAUGUACUUGGCGGUUCGCACCGGACACCGCUCCGAGAAUAUCAGUGUCCCCCCGGGUGCGUACCUGCACCGAAACCUCAAGUCAACCGCGUCAAGUCGACGGAAAUCCAUCGGGGGGGGCUUAGAUAGAGCGCGGGGGAAACGGAAAAACUCAACCGACCUGAUGGCGCGAAGCCGACAACGCUCGUGAGGAGUACAGUUUCCUUAGCGCGUCCCUUGAAUAUCUUUAGGUCCCAGCGAAUACAGACCCAGUUAUCAAGCGCGCAGUGCCGUAAUCUCGCGUAUCUCGAAACUCGGUGAAAUGAGUUUAUCGCGGUCAUAAAGCGAACGAUAUCGAUCGUUUUUUUUUUUUUUUCAACAAUUCAAGUAAGAAAUUACAAAUUAUUUGCCAUUGUUUACAUAGAAACGUGUCUUCGCACUGCCCACAUUUUUUUAUUCGUUGAUUUGUUUUCGAAAUUAUAUAUUUCGUUUUCGUAUUUUAAUCCCGUCCAUUCAUAAAAAAUACGAGGUACUUACUAUUUCACAAUAAUAAUACGUAUAUAUUCAAUUUUAAUUCAUUAAAAAAAAAAAAAAACUCGAUUAGGGAUUUUUUUUUUUUUUUACAAAUACGCAUUCCUCGAUAUUAUUACAAUACCUACUCGUUAUUGAUUUUUGACGACUGAAUCCAAAUACGAUUAUAUAGGUAGGUGGUAUUUGGAACAGAAAUACGUAACGUUAUAUUUUCUGCAAUGUGUCAGCAUUUUCGUUUGUCGCUCUAUACGUCCCCAGUACUCGUUUAACCGCGUUUUAUGAUUUAAUCGGUCAAUCAUAUUUCCAACAUUCAAACCUGACCGUGCCGGCGUAUAUUUAAGCAGUAGAUACUGCAACACGUGUCGCAUACGGAAUUGUCAUUUUAUCGUAUUUAGAUUAGGUUUCAUUGUAGUUUAGUAUUUAGCUCGUGAAAUGGCAGCUGCAACAGUUGGACACAGUGCAAAUAUCGAUUGUACGCGAGAGAACGGACGGAUACGAAAUACCGGAAUACUACACGCAUGUGGGCGGCAUCAUCGAAAUCCCACUGAAAUCGAUUUUCCGAACCAAUUGAGUUUUUCAAUUCGAUACCGUUCACUACUGCUAGGACCAAUUCGAGUGUGUAACACGUUUUGUUUGCGUGUAUCGUCGGUAAACGUCGAGCGCGAAAAUAUAAAUGUCAGCAUUGGUUUUACUAUGUUUUUUUUUUUUUUUUUCUGUUUGUUUACGUCUGCACACAAUUUUUAUACCAGACACUUUGCUCCAAUCGAAAAUUCCUCGUAGCGUUUCGUUUUUUUGUAUUUUCCUCGUGAUUUCUCAACGAAAACGGAGGAACCCGGAAACCUAUUGACGAAACGGGAAAAAAUAUGACUAACAAUACCACGCUCGGAAUCGCUGGAAAUCAAUACAGUGGCGUGCGGAUAUAAAUUCAAUUACCCACACUAUACCAAUGUACUAAUAUCCUCCAUAUUUCUUCCAGAGACGGCGACACACAGCCGUCUACUUUUUUUUUUUUCUUUAUACCUACCCAUAUGUCGUAUAAUUGUUCUACCGAUUGAAAUUCUGUAAAUAAAUAUUUGUCUCGGGCGAAUCGUUUUUCUUUGAAAUAAAAACCCCAUCGCGGCUACGAUACGAUGCUUUUUAAAGUACAAAAUGUCGGGCACGUACCUACAUAUACACACACACACACACACACAGGUAAUGCGUAUAGUUUGAGGCUCUGUACACAACACGUGUAUAUGAUUUAAUUUUGUUUGUUUUUUUUUAUUUUUAUUUUUUGCCGCCGUCUCGGCUCUUUGUAAUUUAUUCGUCUGGCCCACAACGUUUUUAUUUAUUUUUAAACCGACGGCGGAACUUAGGGGGAAAUGCACUUGACGCCGCGACUGCAGCAUUUCCAGACGGAUUUUAAUGUGCGUCCGCGUGCGCCGGGAUGUUUUUUAAACGAUUAUUGUUAUUGUGUACUUCCUAUUACGUCGCCGUCCUACAGGUUUUUUUGUUUGUUUUUCGGCGGGUUUUGGUUUAUAUUUUACGUUUUCGAUUUCGUUUAUUGCGCGUGACUCAUCGCGGUCGAUAUGUAUACAUAUAAAAAUAAGAACAAAAAUAAAAGACGAAAAAAACCCCAAAUUGCACGCGAGGUGACGAUGCGCUCGUAAAUAAAUCGGACAUGUUCUUGUCGUCGUCGCAUCGUCAACCGCGAUGAUAUUGUCAAUUUUUAAUGGGAUCCGUCUACGUGCCGUUUUCGUCCUUGGUUUUCCAGACGGGUCUUCAAAUAAUUUAAACGUGAUCGGUUUAUUUUAUUACACCGUACUCAAUAUAAUAUUCGGGUAUAUAAUACUUGAAAUAGGAUUCAGAAACCGGGGUUGGUUCCGUAAUUUCACCUAUAUACUGUUUUAUUUUAUGCGUAAACUUGUUCGGUUAUUAAAAAUGUUCUGACUUUUUCACUCAGUACCUUAGAAGAUGCCGGAUCAGUUUUUCUGAAAAAAAAAAUCGUUUAGGUACAAAAACCGAUAGUAAAUAUUCGAUAAACUAUAGGUUUUAUUUUUGUCAAUAUCAACUGCUUUCGGAUAUUUUUAACGGCUCCCUCCGAAUCAAAAUAACCAAUAAUUAUUUAUCAAAUUAUUUUUAUAAGUACAUUGAAAUGAUAAAAUAAUUAGGUUAAAUUUUAACAUGAAUUUCACCAUUUUGCUAUGGGGGAAAGGUGUUUUUUUAGCAUUGAAAACUCUUACAGGCUCCCGAAACGACGUCAUGGGGAUGAUAUGAUAUUCGGUAUAUACGGUUGACGUUAGUAUCGAGGACGUGCAUUUUGGGAGUUUCAAAUUUCAACCACUACCCCUAGCAUUUUUGUGCUCAAGUUUUAAUAAUUUGUCGAAAGUAAUAUAGUAGGUAUAACAAAACAUAGACGGGGGAAAAUUUGAAUUUUUUUUUUUUUAUUCCAAUGAACAAAUCGUUGGAAUCGCUUUCAGUCAUAGUGAAACUAAACUAGAUACCUUAUAAUAAUAUAAUAGCCAUUCAAAUAAUGUCCGGCUAUUUAUGGUUUACAUGUAUCGCCGUUAAAAAAUAUACUUGAAUAAUAUGUAUUUAUUCGCAGCACCGUGUCCGUACUUACCGUGGACGAGUAUGGCAAUACAACGAAGCCGUAAGUGUGUAUACCUAUACAGUAAUCUUUUAAUGUGUUUGCGUGAUGUGUUGUCAUUUAUUGAAUUUUUGCUGCACCAUUUGAACCCCGUAGUCUAACGUUUUAUGUUUUAUUUACUUAUAUUGGCAAUAGUAAUAACAAAUUAUUGUAUUAUCAACCUUAGCUAUAUAGUAUAUUAGUGUACAUAUUGAUAAUAUUUUAUAGUUGUUUGGUUUUUUGUUUUUUUUUUUUUCGUAUUAUUAGCCUAUUGUUAUUACACGAUUUAUUACGUGUUUAACAUUAUAACCGUUAUAACAUUACAAACGCUUAUACUAUUGUUUUGCCAUAUUUUGUUUUUGUUGUGUUUGUUUUUUUUAUUUUUAUUUUUUAUCUAAUUUCUAUUGUCGUGUUUCCCGCGCUGAUCGAAUCCGUUUGCCUUUUGUUUUAUUAUAGUAACAAGAAACAGCGCCUGAGAAACAUCAAGUUGCAGAUUUUGAACUAUCUAAAUCGAGCUCCAUCACCGAGUCCAAUAAUUAAACCGAACCCGAACGCGUCGUCGUCUUCAUCGUUAUCCUCCAAUCAGAACGUGUUUCAAAACUUUUAUCAAAAAUUAGGCGUUGUAUCGGACAGUUAUCCGUUCGACACGUUUACGGAAAAAACGCAAAGUUUUUAUCCCGGUUGUAAGUAUAUCAAAGUUCGAUCGCGCCGCAGCGACAUUAUACGUACCUAAUACUUGUAUCAGACCUCGGAAUGAACGAGUUCAACAUACGUUCAAAGGUUCAAAAUGUACACUAACCACGAAUUUACAAAGUAUGAAUGCCCAACAAGCUAUGAAAAAGUGACCUCCGUUAAAAUGGCUCUGCUCUUGUCACAAUUCCGAAAAUAUUCUCACUAGCGUGCCUAGCGGAUCGAGCUCUUAUUAAUUUCGCCACGGUGUAAAAAAUUAUUUUCUGUGGCAAAAAUAUUUCUUAUAUUAAAUAUUUAUAUUAUAAAUAUAUAUUUUUAACCGUGUUCUGCGGUGUUGAAGAUUUAAGUUCUUAUACUUUAAGUGAUAGCGUCGUUUUAUCAGUUUUCACACCCAUAUCAGUUGAUUGGGAGCAGUCACUUUUACGAUCACGUGCACAGAAGAUUAUCAUAGCUCGUUGGGCAUCUAUAUGCUAUCUUAAUUCGCGAUGCAAACGAAACAUGAUUAAAUUAAUAUUUUCAACAAACUGAAAAAUUGUAUUGCAGACUGCGACGUCCUCUUGAGAUUAUAAUAUUCGAACAUUUAUUGGAUAUGAAUACUUUAUAUCCAAUAAAUCCAAUGAAACUCCUGUGUAAAGUUCAUAAAAAUCAAUAACAAAAUUAGCAUAAAACGUAUAUUUAAUUUCGUUCACAAUAAUGAACUCGGACUAAACGAGUUCGGUGAACUUUGGCUAAAUUUUAACUAAUAUGCCUAUUUACGAACUAUAUACGAGUAGUUCAUGAACGAAUUCAUAUUUUACAAGAAAUUUUCAAUGUCUGACUCAUAUAUACGUAUUGCGGUCGAUUUAAUUUUUUUUUUUUUCAAUGCGAUUUUCAAUACCUUUACACGUUAUGUUAAUAAAGGUAGUUUGCCCAAACACACGAACGAAGAGGCUUGGUACUCGACAGAAUCGAUGAACAUCAUGUUCAAUAUAACUAUAGCAAGACCGUCCAAUGAAAAUUUCACCGUGAACGUAACUACGGCUACGCUCAGACUGUUCAAACAAUUCUUAAAUUGCACUUCAUUGUCGAGUAACGAAGUACGUACCUGGUCGGAUAAUAAUUAUAUUACUGUCGUGAUCGGUGUUGGGAAAGACAACCGACAUUUGUGUGUUCAGAUAAAAUCAAUAAAUAUAACGAUUUGCAUAUUGUGAUAAAAUAGAUAAAAGUUUAAAAACCCUCACGGGUUUAUUUUUCUAUAAAGCAGUUUCGGUGAAAUUUCAAAAAACAUCGUAAGACCCGAACCCAGGAGCUGCACCCUAAGGCUACUGGACCUUCCUUCACCUUUUCCGUUACACAUUAUCUUAUGGUAAAAUGUCACACACACACACCGACCUGAUAUUUCGGUCAUGUAGCAACUGUUUCAUAGGAUACCCGUUUACGCCAUCGCGCGUCGCUGAGAUACGCCUACAGCGUACUAUUUCAUACGUAUUCGAUGAAAACACCCAUGAAUACAAAUAAAUAAGAUGUUCGGUUUAAUCCAGGUCAAAGACAUAAUACGUCGGCAUCUGAAAAUUACAUUUUAGACGAUUUUUUUAUCUAAAUUCUAUCUACCCGAAACCGGUCGCGAUUUUCUCGUGAAUUUAUCGAUAAACAACACGAUGAAAAAUUGUAUUGUAAUAACAAUAAUAACACUUUUAUAGACCGCGGACGGAUGUCCGGAGGCAUCGUUGGAAGAUACGACGUCGAAACGACCUAACAUUAAUACGCAGUCCGCGUCCGCGGAAGCCCCGGCAACGAUGAUGGAGGACAGACAGAUCCGCGUGUCCGUUUACAUGUACACCAGAACGCUCAAGAAGAGGAAAAGUAAGUGCGACCGUCGAAACUUACAAGCAGGGUUCGGGGUACACAGAGUAUUUGCUUAUUGGUUUGGCCCGACGUUAAAAUCUACCAGAGUGCUACGGAAAUAUAUAAUAUCAUGAUGUCACAACGAGUUCAAAUAUGAAAUUUGAAAUUUUAUUUUUUUUUGGGUACAAAUCUUCUGCCAGAUAUCGGGUAUCUCAUUGUAACCGAAACACGAUAAGAAUACUUUUUUCGUAGCAUUUUCGACUUAGUUAGUGUAUUGGGGAGAUUAUUUUUCGAUUUUCUUGUACAUGUUUACGUCGUUCUAAAAUUUAACCGUUCGGAUAAUGUUAUUGCGCUAAAUUUCCAUUGGAUAUAUCGUUCAAAUUUGACCGAUUUUUACGAUUGACACUUCUUGUUAGUCAUGUUAUUGUUUACCGAGAUUCAAAUUCACCGCAGUAAUGAAAUGUCUAUUACUACGGUAGAAAAUAACGUUGCAACCGUAUUAUAAUCAUCAUCAUGUUCUAUACUAUCCAACACAAUCUAAACAGUUUGGUAUCCGACCACCUAUUACCGCAGAUCCUUUAUAUAUAUAUACAACUUAUAAUCAUGAAAAAUAACAAAAAUGUGAAAAUUCGCAGUGAGGAGGAGGCUGUUGGAUAGCCGCAUGGUGCCGUAUUACAGUGAAAAAUGGACCGAAUGGAAUAUCCGGAGCGCGGUGAAGAUCUGGCGUCAGGAUCCGUCCCGUAAUUUCGGAUUGAGCAUCGAAAUCGAAGACGAAGACGGAAACGUGCUUCCGAUCGAGAGGUUUUUCAAAUCGAUGAACUGCAGCCCGGGCAUGGCGCAAAUGUGUAAGUGCUUUACUUGUUAUUAUACCGUACUAUAAUCGCGCACAGCAUUAAUCGAUCAGCCCGUAUCUCGUAUACCCAGUACUCUUAUAGACAACAACGUUGGGAAAUAUAAGUCGUAAUAUCGUUGUCGGCAAAUCGGCCACCGAGCUUUGCGAUUUCACACUCCGAACGCCGGGCUCUUGAUUUUUAACGGACACGUCAAUUUUUUUUUGCAUUUCAGCGACCCCGAAACCGAUCCCCGGGUUCCUGGUCGAAUACGGUUUCCGCAUUAUGGGCGGCGCCAACGGGACCGCGAACGUCUCGGCGCUGAGCCCGACGGACGCGCUGUACAGCAACGCCUACCGGUAUCCCAUGUUGGAUUUGUCCACGAUCGAGGUGCCGAACUCGGAGCAGCUGAAGGUGCCGAACUCGGACGCGGCCAGGAAAUCGCUGUUGCAGGCGAUCUCGGGGCACGCCAUGGAACGGUACUCGGACGUCCCGAAGUCGAUGCAACAGAAGCCGAACGGGUCCGCGCACCGGAUCCGGCACAACAGCACAGCCGCCGCCGCCGCCAACAACAACAACAACAACAACCGGCACAAGACCGACGGCAGGCCGACCUUGCAACUGUCGGACGUCGAACGGGAAUUGCAGGGCAAGAUCAUCGUGGUCCAGAGGAACGUGCCCAUGCCGACUUCCGAUACCGAAGACGGCGACUCGGAAUAGAUGGGAAACGCGCACGGCCCACCCCCUCCCCCCCCGCCGUUCGCGCGCGCGCCCUCUAUUUGCGAACAUAUUUAUUUAUACGAAAAUCCCCUACGCGUAUGUGCCAGGGUCACGCGACGUCAUCUUGUACUAAUAAUAUGUAACUAAUACAGGACGAUUGUUUUGUUUUUUUUUUUUUUAUUCGUCUUGCGCAAUUUUUCGAAAACUCACUAUUUUACAAUACACACUACGCAGCGCUAGAUUUAUAGGGCGGAGCCCGGGUCCAGGGGCCCCCGCGAAAUAAGAAUACUUUUGUCUACUAUUUAUAUACCGUUUACAUAUAACACGCGAAUCGAACACCGACGAAAACAUUUUGACUUCAAUUUACCUCUGUUUACCGAGUGCUAGGACCCCGCAACCCUAAACCCGGUCCCGUAUACACAGCCUGUUUCGAAAAAACGAACGCGGCAUAUCGCAUUAGCGUGCAGCGCGAAUUAAAAAUCACCCUGUACAUACCCGUACCCUUUAAUAAUAUUAUAUAUUGUGGUGGAGGGAGAUAAAUUAUUGUAAAACGCCUCGGUUGGUGAACAAAAAAUCACAUAAAUGUAAUAUUGCAUUGAUUAUAGUAUACAGUAGGUACAUUUUAUUUAUUAUUAAGUAACUAUUUAUACAUUUUUUUUUUUUUUAUAUAUAUUAUUAUUAUUAUUUUUUUUUUAUUCGAUAGUUCUAC